UUCGGAUUAAACUUCGUUUACCAGCGAUAUUUCAUUAUCAUAAUAAUUUCAUAGUUUGACGAAAAGUUCAGGCGAACUGCAAAGUGGCGACUUGUUGUUUCCUUUUCAAACGCCAUGAAGGCGGGGAGCUAUUGCGUCAUCUAAAGGCGACUCAGGAAGGCCAAAACAGCGAAACAUUUAUCGCCUUUCUCUUUCACAAGUCAAUAAAUAUUCAGUAAGGAAAUGAAAAUCGUCGCCUCGUGAAAUUUUUUUUUAUGCCUGGAAUGAUGAAGAAGCACACGCGAGAAGUUUCCUGAACGACAAAAUCGACUCUUGUUAUUGUUUUACCUUUGCGGUUCCACUCGUGUCAUUGUGACCUCCGGCCUCGGCACCAUGAGCUCCAGGCUGUGCAAGACGUGCGGGGGAUCAGACAUCGAUGUGGACCAGGCUCGGGGAAGUGCAGUGUGCACCGGCUGCGGUUCGGUCCUGGAGGACAACAUCAUCGUCUCCGAGGUCCAGUUUGUGGAAGGAAGCGGAGGCGUGUCCUCCGCCGUAGGACAGUUUGUGUCCACCGAUGGUCCAGCCAAGACUCCUCUGCUCGGUACUGGUUUCCACACCAACGUAGGUAAAGAGUCGCGAGCGCAAACUCUGCAAAACGGGAGACGUCAGAUUCAUCACCUGGGCAACCAGCUGCAGCUCAAUCAGCACUGCCUGGACACGGCCUUCAACUUCUUCAAGAUGGUGGUCAGCAGACAUCUGACGCGCGGGCGCAAAACGGAGCACGUCAUCGCCGCCUGCCUCUACCUGGUGUGUCGCACCGAGGGAACGCCACAUAUGUUGCUGGAUCUCAGCGACCUCCUGCAGGUAAACGUUUACAUCCUGGGAAAAACCUUCUUGCUGCUGGCACGUGAACUCUGCAUCAACGCUCCCGCCAUCGAUCCGUGUAUGCUGAUACCUCGCUUCGCUCACAUGUUGGAGUUUGGGGCGAAGACUCACGACGUUAGCAUGACAGCUCUUCGUCUUGUUCAGAGGAUGAAGAGGGACUGGAUGCACACGGGCCGCCGUCCCUCGGGGCUGUGCGGCGCCGCACUCCUGGUGGCGGCCCGCAUGCACAAGUUCCGGCGGACGGUGAAGGACGUGAUCGGGGUGGUCAAAGUGUGCCAGGCCACGCUGAGGAAGAGGCUGACGGAGUUUGAGGACACGCCCACUAGCCAAUUGACCAUCGAUGAGUUCAUGAAGGUGGAUCUGGAGGAGGAAUGCGACCCGCCAUCUUUUACCGCCUCUCAGCACAAAAGCAAGAUGCAGCAGCUGGAGCGAGAGCUGAGCAAGAAGUUGAACGAGGUGGAAGGGGAGAUCAGCUGCUACCAAGACCAGAUCGAGAACGAGCUGGAGAAGAGCCGACCCAAACUGCGAGGAAUAUACGCCGCGUACGUGCACAAAACAGAACCUCGAGACGCGGAAAUCCAGCCGGACGAAGACCGCGACCUCCAAAGCGCAAGUCGUCACCUGGCGCAGAGCUUCCUGAGCCAGGUGAUACAAGAGGAAGCGGAGCGAGGCCAGAAAGACAGCAACGUUGUGGGGAUGGAGCCCGAGGAGUCGGGCGAGGGGCAAGCUCCUCGCCGACCCUCCGUCGCCGCUAUUCUGGAGAGCUCCGCCGCUGCCUCAGACCUCCAACAAAGCUUCCGGAUCUUUGGCGAGGACCGAAACGAGUCAGACGCAGAGAAGAAUUCGGAGGGCGGCGACCUGGAUCUGGACGGUAUCGAUGAACUGGAGAUAGAUAAGUACAUCCUGAACGACAAAGAAGUCGAAGUCAAGACCCUGAUGUGGAUGGAGCAGAACCAGGAAUACCUUCAAGAGCAGAAAGAGAAAGAAGAACGAAUCAAAAAGGAAAAGGAGAAGGGGACCUACAAAGAGAAGCCCAAAAAAACCAAAAAGAAGAAGAAGAAAGAGAGCAUGCAGGCGUCCACGGCGGGCGAGGCCAUCAAAAAGAUGUUGGCCAAGAAGAAGAUCUCUGCUAAGAUCAACUACGACGUCCUCAAAGACCUGAAUGAAGGCGAGGUGAGCGCCGGUCCCCAAAAGCCAGAGAGCCAACCUGACGUUAGACCCGUGAGAAAAAGACGGCGCCGCAACAAGGCGCUCAGCACCACCGACUUGGCCGCCAGCGCAACCGUCAUGGGGGAGAGACUUGGUCCGCUCUUCUCGGAAGCACCCAAGAAGACAAUCCCGUCCCAGGUCAGCGUGGCGGCAGAACCGGAGCGGACGUCCGGCAACGUGGAGAAGGAGGAUGAGGAGAAGGACGAAGAUGAGGAGGAGGAGGAAGAGGAAGAGCAAGAGGAGUGCGUCAGCGCUCUUCAGCUGGUGGAACGUUUUUCCAGCAACAUGGAGGAAGACCAGGAGAUCUUUUAGCCGCAGUCUGUCAUUGGAACUGUUGAAGAAAAGUAGUCGUAUGAAGAACUGCCAAAGACGACUUCCGUUUCUCAGGUUCUUUUAUUCUCUUGUGUGGACAAAAACUGACGACACACAAUUCUGGAGUACUAAAGAAAACAUCGAGUGUACAUUUAUUGAGGAAAGAAGCUGGCUAGCCAGGACAUUCCACCGAUGCGUCUCGAGCAGAAGUGUCCCGACCUUGGAAAUCCUACCAUUUAUAUUUAAGUAGCAAACAGUGAAGAAAUCCAGAGGGCAACCUCGUGCCACCUCAUAGAUAAGACAGUGAACAGACAUAUCGGGCUUAAUUCAGGGAGACGAGAACUCCCUGCAUGGCGUUGAGCAGCACAAAGAGGUACUAUGAGCAGAUGUUCGGCCAGUUGAUAAAACACACUGUUGUGAGGAACAAAGAAUUACUAUGUGAGUAUGGGAAAAGAUUUUUUGGCUAGUUAGAUAUAUGGUUAUAUGAGUAAAUGGAAAUAUAUGUGUACACUAUUUCAGACGUUUUGUAGAGAUGAUGUGGCCCCUCCCCUUUUUCGUCCCUGUCAUUUGCUAGAAGUUGAUGGUCAUUUCUUUGGAGAAAGCAACCAAUUGAGGGAAUAGCUACUUCAUCUAUGAAUAUUCAGAAUGUUUUGUAACAUACUCUCUACUUUGUUAUUUUUCAAUAUUUUUUAAUAUUUAUUUUGCGGAGGGGUGUAUAAUUGUAUUAAAAUGAUUCAUUCACUUUGGCUUCUCGCUCUUUUUUUUGCUUCCCUUGAGUUUUGGAUGGGUGUGGCAUUCAACAAUUGGAGGCCCCGCCCCACAUCAUUGAAAACACAACUAGUCAUACUCGGAAUAGGCCUGACCGUAGCUAUCAUAUGCCUAAAAUCAGCUCUAAAUAGCGUACCGCACGAAUGCUAUUUUUAGACCGUGACGUCGCCAUCGUAACGCGGAAGUGGGACAUUAUACACACGCUCUUCCAUAC